AUGGUAAGACCGCUGAAUGAGUCCGUCACGGACACGCCCGUGCUGGAAGAAAGUGUACGCCCUGAAUCCACUAAUCCUGCUGAUAGAAAUAACCGCGGUAAUUUCACGCGCAAUUUAAGCAAAGAAUCGGACGAAUUUGUUGCGAAAAAGAUGUUUCUAGGCGGACUUAUGUUCCUGCCAUGGCUUCACUUUGUUAAUGUCAUUUUCUAUCGUAAACAAUUCCUCGAUCCUUCACUUGACGCAUCUGUGACAUUGUGGGUACGACGGUCCUUUAUGGGUUUUCUUGUAUGGACAGUGCUCUUUAUAUCAUGGUUUCUAUUGUUUCAACUUAACUGGAAGGAGUUUGGCUGGCAAAAUCUUGUCAUGGUCGUACCAGAUGAAGAUGAGAAUACGGGCUGCGCUCCUAUCCUGUCUAUUGACACACAACAUGAAGAUAUGAUUCAUGAUGCCCAAUUGGAUUAUUAUGGAAAACGUCUUGCAACUUGUUCUUCUGAUCGUACGAUUAAAGUAUACGAUGUGACAGGAGAUGUACAGAAUAAUGAACAAAUCUUGACGGGCCAUGAAGGUCCUGUAUGGCAAGUAUCAUGGGCUCAUCCAAAGUUUGGUGUACUCUUAGCUGCGUGUUCGUAUGAUGGAAAGGUGAUUAUCUACCGAGAACAGAGUUUAAGUCAGUGGACACAAGCGUAUGUGCACGCAUUUCACGAGUCUUCAGUUAAUAGUAUUGAUUGGGCACCACAUGAGUAUGGACUUGCACUUGCUUGUGCAUCGGCAGAUGGCAUGGUGUCUGUGCUUAGCUACUCUCCGGAGGGAUGGAGUGUGAGUCACUUUAAGGACAGUGCGCUCGGCUGCAAUGCCGUGAGCUGGGCGCCAUAUAAUUCAGUAGGCUCACAGAGUCCUGCGGGCCCGAUCCGCCGUGUAGUGACGGCAUCGUGUGACAAGACAAUCAAGAUUUGGAGCCUGGUAGAGGGCGAGACGGAGUGGACAAAGCAGGAACUGAGCUCUGCUCCUGCGCACAGCGAUUGGGUGCGUGACGUGGCGUGGGCCCCAAGCACAGGAUUACCGGUCAAUCUUAUUGCCAGUUGCUCCGAGGACAAGCACGUGUACAUCUGGUCGCAAACUGCAGAAGACAGCACGUGGAAACGUGAGCUACUGCACACGUUCGACGCACCUGUGUGGCGUGUGAGCUGGUCUGUUACUGGCAACGUGCUAGCUGUGUCUUCGGGCGACCACAAGGUGACGCUCUGGAAGGAGACGCUUGACAAGAAGUGGAUUCAAAUCUCGUCCGUAGACGAGGCUGGUGCCAUUCACAACGGUAACGAGUAA